AUGGGGCGCAAGCAGUCGUCGACCCGCCGCAGUGCUAAGCGCCAGAGCGCCACUACAGACGCGUUGCGCGGCCACCAGCGCCACGUGGGGCAGCAGAACUGCACGGCGCGGACGAAGCGUCUCGUGGGCAAGCAGCAGAGUGUGCAGAAGCUGCAGCACAAGCGCGAGCAGCUCCGCAGCCAACAGCUCCAUCGGCAGCGCCAGAUGGGAUCAGAUCUGAGUCUCGCGCACUUGGCAGGACGGGCUCUACAGAGCGCGGCCCACUUUGCAACGACUCUGACUCAGGCCGCGACUCAGAAGCCAACGGGCCAAUCGGAACGCACGCUUACCGACGCCUCUCGACGCGCCUAUACGAAGGAGCUGCGCAAGGUCGUGGACAAGGCGGACGUGAUUCUGGAAGUGCUGGACGCCCGCGACCCCAUGGGCUGUCGCACGCUCGAGACGGAGGACGCCAUUGGCAAUCGCCACGGCAAGAAGCUCGUUUUGGUGCUGAACAAAGUGGAUCUCGUGCCGCCGCACGUGUUGCAGCCGUGGCUCAAGUACCUGCGGGGCUUUUACCCCACAGUGGCGUUCAAAGCGUCGACGCAGCACCAGGCAAAGCACUUGAGUGCGACUUUUGGACGCGCGGACAGAGCUGCGAGUGAGGCAGUGAGUGGGAGCAAAGCAGUGGGCACGGACGCGUUGAUGCAGCUGCUCAAGAACUAUUGCCGCAGCCACGGAGUCAAGACCGCUAUCACUGUGGGCGUGAUUGGGUACCCGAACGUCGGCAAGAGCUCUGUGAUCAAUUCGUUGAAACGCAGCAAAGCGGCGAGUGUAUCGAGCACGGCGGGCCACACAAAAGUCAUGCAAGAGGUGCACAUUGACAGCAAGAUCAAGCUGCUGGAUUGCCCCGGCAUUGUGUUUGACCACACGGACUCGAGCGCGUUGCUGCUGCGAAACUGCAUCAAUGCCGAGUCCAUGGAAGAUCCUGUGGGUGCCGUGCAGGUCCUACUGACGCGGUGCCAGCCAGCACAGCUCGCUGCACUCUAUCAGCUGCCUGUGGAUACCGUGUCGAGCUGUUUCAAAGACGCCGUGCAGUUUCUGGUGCUUGUGGCCCAGAGCAAGGGCAAACUAGGCAAAGGAGGGAUUCCAGAUCGUCAGGCUGCUGCUCGUAUCGUGCUGCAAGACUGGAACCGGGGCAAGCUGCCGUACUACACACCGCCGCCGGACCAGAGCGCUCAGGUGCUGGAUACGCAGCUGGUCACUUCGUUUGGCCAGGAGUUCAAUGUCGGUGAUGAAGCGUUGAAUCCGACAAGCAUCUUCCUCCCGGAUCUCGACACUGCGAAGGAGGUCAGUGGUCCGCACUGCUCGAUUGCAGUGGCUGCUCACAGUGAUGUGGUGAUGGCAUCCGGCGCCGAAACGACCGACGCCGUACCUGCAUCCGCGCGUAUCAGCCAAAUGCUGAACGACUCGGACUCGGACGACGUGGACUCGGACUCCGAGAUGGAAGACGACCGCGUUGAUACUGGCGACUUUGCUCUGCCACGCACUGCGUUGUCAACACAAGAGCUUGCUGCAAAGCUGGCCCAGGACGCUCUGAACCCGCUGACAGCGCUAGCCGCACGACGCAAAGCGAAACAGUGGCGCAAACUCAAGCGGCGAGCUGCUCGGCAGCAACUGGACACGGCAGCGGAGGCUACGUUCAGUACGCAGUUCAACAGCAUCGUUGGCAUCAGCGCUCCGACAUUUACUGCGACGCAGUAG